CUCAACUGCUACAUUGUGCGCCGUUACAUAGCAACCCCCAGUGGGGUGCUCCGGAUUUACCCGGGAUCACUGAUGGACAAAGCCUUCGACCCGACCCGCAGACAAUGGUACCAGCAUGCUGUGGCCAACCCUGGCCUCAUCACCUUCACGGGGCCGUACCUGGACGUGGGCGGGGCAGGAUACGUCGUGACAAUCAGCCACACCAUCCACGCGUCUAGCUCUCAGACGGCCCCUGGUUACGCGAUAGCCGUGAUGGGUAUAGACUUCACCCUGCGCUACUUCUACAAAGUCUUGCUCGACCUGCUGCCCAUCUGCAACCAGGACAAAGGCAACAAGAUCAGGUGCUUCAUAAUGGAGGACAGAGGGUACCUGGUUGCACACCCCACUCUCAUUGACCCCAAAGGUCAUGCCCCUGCAGAGCAACAGCACAUCACGCACAAGGAGCCGCUGGUUGCUAACGACAUCCUCAACCAUCCCAAUUUCGUGAAGAAGAAUCUGUGCAACAGCUUCAGCGACCGCACCGUGCAGCGCUUCUACAAGUUCAACACCAGCAUCGUGGGGGACCUCACCAACCUGGUCCAUGGUAGCCAUUGUUCUAAGUACCGUCUGACCCGGAUCCCCGGCACCAACGCCUUCGCCGGCAUCGUCAACGAGACAUGUGACUCCCUGGCGUUCUGCGCCUGCAGCACCGUGGACCGACUCUGCCUCAACUGCCACAGAAUGGAGCAGAAUGAGUGCGAGUGUCCAUGUGAGUGCCCUCUAGAGGUCAACGAGUGCACAGGCAACCUCACCAGUGCUGAGAACAGGAACCCCAGCUGUGAGGUGCACCAGGAGCCGGUCAGUCUGAAUGUGAUUGAUCCCACUCUGCAUGACACCCUGCCCCAGUGCAUCAACACCCGCUGCAGCCAGAGAUACACCAGCAGUGACUGUUUCGGCGUGUUGGACUGUGAGUGGUGCAUGGUGGACAGUGAUGGUAAGACUCACCUGGACAAACCCUACUGCGCCCUCCAGAAAGAGUGUUUCGGAGGCAUCGUCGGCGCCAAGAGUCCCUAUGCGGACGGCCUGGGGCUCCUGGAUGAAGAGGUGGCAUCUCUGAACAUGAUCAAGAGCGCCCCCGUGGGUCCGGUUGCUGGGGGCAUUAUGGGAUGUAUCAUGGUGUUGGUGCUGGCUGUGUAUGCUUACAGACACCAGAUCCACAGGCGCUCACACCAGCACAUGUCUCCACUGGCAGCACAGGAAAUGUCAGUGAGAAUGUCGAACCUGGAUAAUGAACGAGAUGAGAGGGACGAAGACAGCCACGAGGACAGAGGCAUCAUCAGUAACACGAGAUUCAUAGCUGCGGUGAUUGAGAGACACACGCACACUCCCGAGCGGAGACGACGGUACUGGGGACGAUCCGGGACAGAGAGCGACCAUGGUUACAGCACCAUGAGUCCGCAGGAGGACAGCGAGAAUCCACCCGGAAACAACGACCCGCUCUCGGCCGGCGUGGACGUGGGUAACCAUGAUGACGACAUGGACCUGGACACGCCGCCCCAAACGGCAGCGUUGCUCAGCCACAAGUUCCACCCCUACCGGCACACGCACACACACCACCACCCGCUGCACACGCACCACCUGCAGGCCGCGGUCACCGUGCACAGUGUGGACGCAGAGUGCUGAUCCUCGGCGUGGCAUUGCCCCGCCUGCCAGGGAUGGAUUUUAUUUUUCUUAUUAAUGACUAUUUUUAAAAAGAAACACUUGUGCUCGAUUACACGGUUGGGUACUGUCAGGAUGGACGGAGGGAGAGAGAUGCCACAGCUGGACUCGAACCCAUCGUGCCACUGAGCUGCGGAGACUUCCUCCUCAGCGCCAUAUGGGUAUUAGCCUCAUGGUGUCAUUGUGCCAACAUCUCAUCCCUUUCUCCACUGAUCCCAAACUAAAAUCUGGGAGGUGCACACGGUUUCUCAGACACUAACCAGACCUGGGCCAGUAGAAAACACAAAAUGGGAGUUUUUCUUUGUUUUCUAAAGAAAUGUGGGAUUCAGGACUCUGCAAUUGUGCAAAGGCUGCCUGAGCUGAUUCACUCCAACGAGGAGAGGACACAAGUUGAACCUUAAAUCCUCGAGAAAGGACAAACUUCUUCGUUUUCACCCAGAAGGCCGCAGCAAACACUAUUGGAUCAAUGGAUAAUCAAAUGAAACCCAGAGCCUGAUGUUGCCCCAGGGCUCCAUCCCAUAAUUACGGAUUAAACCACAGCUUUACUCUCUGUGGUUCUGAAGAUGUAGACACUCCCAAGUAUUUGCCUUUAUCCAAAGGAGAAGCUGCUGGUCUUUUAUUAAACGGUUUGGAAAGCUAUCUGAACAUUUUCAUGAAUGUCUGUGAACGUAACGUAGGCAAAACAUUCAGUGAUUCACACAAAUACAGAAGAAAAAUCACUUAAAAGAGGAAAAUGUUAUUUUUCUACUAUUUAUUAAAAGAGGUAGAUUUUCAGGACAGAUGAGCUAGAAGCUGCCGCUAACAACAAACGCGUCACUAGUCAGGAAGAGUGACAUGUUCUUCUUAUUGCCAGUGCAUCAUUUAAAGCUCAUUAUUUUCAAUUAUUUUUAAUAUUUCUCAUAUAACAGACCAUGUGACAACUGGAUUUUUAAGUUUUUGUUUUAUUUUUCAUAAGAGUGAGUGAUUUUGGUUCACAAGCAGCAGCUUUUCUACAUUUUCCUUCCUCUUUCUUUCCUCCUUCGUUCCAGAAGUAUCCUCUCCACUAAAUGAUCCUGUCCAGUGAAAAGUUUCUUCACAUUUCUGGAUGGACUUAAGAUCUGAGUCAAAAUCAAUUCUGCUAAAAACAAAAUCGGCUUCGGAGCAUUAAGGGCACGUUGGCCGCGAGACGCAGAACAUUUUUCUCUCCGUGGUCACAGUUUUGAAUCAGUGACAUGUUUCUGCGUUCUCGUAAGGUAAGAUCCGCUGUGCCGGACGCAUCCUCGUUCUGGAGACGUCAUCAGGAGGCAGAACUUCUGUGCUCGCUGGACUUCUCAAAGCCUCCUGGAGGUGUAAGCUAACAACGGCAGAACAUUCCAGGCUUUAGUUACUGCUGGGGAUUUAGUGUGAGGAUAAUUGGGGACGAUGGCAGAGGUCCUGAGAGAUGCACAGAGAUCGAGUGCUGUCCCCUCGAAUCACCUGGGUAGAAAAACCAGCGCAGAAUGCUGUCUCUCUUUACCUUAUUUGUGUGCUGGAUUUUGUGUAAAUCAAGUAAAAUUUCUAUGGAUGAGAUGGAGUCUCCUUCUUGUUAAAGAGAAGAACGACGGAGAGAUGCUGCUGUUGUUGUUCAGAGGUUACACCCAUCUAUCGAAUCCUCUGUGGUUAACCACUCAAAAUGUCUUUUCUACACCUCUCUGGUUUUACUGGUGUGUGUUUGUAUGUGUGUGUGCGUGCCUGUAUGUGUGUGUGCGUGCCUGUGGAAAGAAUGUCUACCCGUCUGGGACGUUUUCAUGCAUAAUUGUAUUUUUCUCAUGAUAGUAAUAGAGAAUUAUAGGUGAAAUUAUUAUAAUUGAGAAAAUCCACUUACUUUUAUUCUGAUGAAGAGUCACCUGACCCGAUGUGUGCUUCAUGGCCGGCGUGGCAUCUGUUUACUUGUGCCAAAAUGUCUAUUGUUCUUCAGAGGUUCAUUAUGAAGUGUAAAUACAGAAUCACAAAUAGCUAUUAAUGUCUUGUACACUCCAUUUUUUAUGUUGGUGAGACAUAAUGUAAGCUUCAAAAGAUGCUCAGAUAUUCGGGUUGAUAUUUUUUUGAAUUGUCUGUUCAUGGUGUCUCACUAUAUUUUUGAUGCCUUGGAUGUUUUUAUUUUAUUUUUAGAUUUAUUUUUUCUUUAGGUCCAUAUUGGAUGGAAGUCAGUACUUGGAAAAAUUAAUACACACUUUUAUGUUUGAGAGACGUCUAGUUUAAAAAAAAGAUUUAUUGCGUGUCAUGAAAAUGUUAAAGAAAGCUAAUUUAGAGUCAUGAAAUAACGGUACAUCUUUUCGCAGAGUAAAGGCCGGAACAGACCGCGUGGUGGAUUCAGGGUCUGUGUUUCUGUUGCUACUUCAAACUAUUUUACCGAUGUUAUAGCUCGAGCAUCAGUUCGGUUGAAUAUUUACACUCAGCUACGGCUCCUUAAACGUGCAGCUAAGAAAAACUGCUUUACAAUUUGACACCACUAAUAGAGCAGAGAUUAAAACACACCUUAUGGUAUUGCCUUCAAAAUCUUUGAUGUACUACUACUAUAUGUAGUGGGUCAAAUAUUCCACUAAUAAUUACAGAAAGGUUUGUCAGAGUUGUAGUCAAAGAUGUUCUGCGGUAUCUCGGUUCAGUUUGACGUUGACAUCUCGUCGCACAGCGAAGUAUACAUCAGAUGCAGUCUUGUGCGGAUCCUUUGAUGUGUGUGUAUGUUGGGGCAAUUUUAAUUUCUCCCAAAUGGUUUGAUUUUUUUUUUUUUCUGGAAAGCUUUUAAACAGUAUUUACCAGCCAUUUUAAACAAGUAUGUGUGUGUUUCUAUACAAGAACACUCUGAAUUGCAUAAAUUACUGUACUGAAGGAACAUAUGUACACCCCCCCCCCCCACACCCCCAUGUAUCAUAUAAAGUU